CUACCUUCCACGAAGUCACAGAACUGAGGCGGCAUCGCAGAAGCCGACAUGAAUCCUCUGAUCGCGUGUAUGAUUGUCGGUCUGGCAGGGUUCGCCCUGGCGGAGCCGCCUGUGUCCUCCGGUUACAGCUACAGCAGACCUUCCGGUGGCGGCGGCGGUGGUGGUUUCUCUUUUGGCGGUGGUGGCUCCUUCGGUGGCGCCUUUGGCGGCGGUGGUGGUUACACCCAAGUAUCCACUGGCUAUCAGACUAGCGAAGGCGCUUCCGUGGACGGCGCACUGCUCGAACAAAUCCGUCAGAUCCUUCUGAAGGAGGAACUACAGUCCCAACAAUCUGGCGGAUUUGGUGGAGGCGGAUAUGCUCCUAGCUCUAGUUACGGGGCACCAUCGUCGCAAUACGGCGUCCCGUCAACGCAAUAUGGUGUGCCCAGCUAUCAGACUCGCGUUGUAGGCAUCGAUCUUGAAGGCAUCAGGCAAGCUAUCCAGGUGGCCCAAUUCAAUCAGGUCAGCCAAGGCCCCGGAGGCUACCCCAGCGGACCCAGCACUAGCUAUGGAACGCCCAGCAAUAGUUAUGGAGCACCUAGUAGGCCGGGCAAUAGCUACGGUGCGCCGUUCUAAAAAAUCACUUUGAUUUGGAUGAUAUUGAUGAUGAUGAAAGAGAGAGAGAAUGAGCGAGAGAAAGAGAGAGAGAAU